AUGGCCCUUGCGACAUUUCCAACCGUUGAAAAAUGCACCUCCACGGGCAGGGAAAAUCAGACGGUGGUUGCUGACAUGGAUGGAACCUUACUCGUAGGUCGUAGUUCUUUUCCAUAUUUUGCUCUAAUGGCCUUUGAGGGUGGUGGGGUUCUUAGGCUUUUGUUCUAUGUAUUAACUUCGCCUAUUGCUGCUUUACUCUAUUACCUUAUUUCUGAAUCCGCGGGCAUUCAAGUUCUCAUCUUUGCAUCGAUGUGUGGAAUGAAAGUGUCGACAAUAGAGUCAGUGGCACGUGCGGUUCUUCCAAAGUUCUAUUCGGGUGAUGUUCACCCCGACACGUGGCGCGUGUUCUCGUCGUGUGGGAAAAGGUGUGUUCUGACGGCAAAUCCUAGGGUGAUGGUGGAACCUUUUCUGAAGGAGUUUUUGGGUGCUGACAUGGUUUUGGGGACUGAGAUUGGGACUUUUAAGGGAAGAGCAACUGGGUUGGUCUCCAAGGAAGGGGUACUUGUUGGGAAUCACAAAGCUGAGGCUCUUAAGAAAGCUUUUGGAGAGGAGCAACCUGAGAUUGGUCUUGGAGAUAGACAAACCGAUGCUCCCUUCAUGGCUUUGUGCAAGGAGGGUUACAGGGUACCAGCCAAACCAAAGGUGAAAGCAGUGACAAGUGACAAGCUUCCAAAGCCAAUAAUAUUCCAUGAUGGAAGGCUUGUGCAAAAGCCCUCACCGCUCAUGGCUUUGCUAAUCAUACUGUGGAUCCCUAUCGGCUUCCUCUUAGCAUGCUUAAGAAUAGCUGCAGGGUCACUUCUCCCCAUGAAUUUGGUCUACUAUGCCUUUUGGGCACUUGGUGUCCGUGUCAUCAUUAAGGGCACACCGCCACCCCCAGUCACAAAAUCUAACCCUGAUCAAUCUGGGGUUCUCUUCAUUUGUUCUCAUAGAACGCUACUUGACCCAAUCUUUCUCUCCACCGCGCUCCGUCGUCCGAUCCCGGCGGUUACCUACUCCGUUUCCCGUCUCUCCGAGAUCAUUUCCCCUAUCAAAACCGUUAGGCUCAGUCGUGAUCGUGCCACGGAUGCAUCCAUGAUCAAGAAGCUCUUGCAAGAGGGUGACUUAGCUAUAUGCCCUGAAGGGACAACUUGUAGGGAACCCUUUCUUCUUAGGUUUUCUGCUUUGUUUGCUGAGCUAACCGAUGAACUCGUGCCUGUGGCCAUGGUGAAUCGCAUGAGCAUGUUCCAUGGAACAACCGCAAGAGGGUGGAAGGGAAUGGACCCAUUUUACUUCUUCAUGAACCCUAGCCCUACUUAUGAGGUGACAUUCUUGAACAAGUUGCCCAAAGAGUUGACUUGUGGUUCGGGCAAAUCAAGCCAUGAUGUGGCAAAUUAUAUACAAAGGGUGAUAGCCGCAACUUUGUCUUAUGAGUGCACUAGCUUUACUAGGAAAGAUAAGUACAAAGCACUCGCGGGUAAUGAUGGAACUGUGGCUGAGAAGCCUCAUCUUAAGGCCAACAAAGUAAUGGGUUGUUGA